AUGCUCUACGGGGGAGAGCCUGAGGAACAGCAGCCGCACGAGCAGCUGCAGCAGCAGGAGAAGCAGCAGCAGGAGCAGCAAACUGCAGCAGGGCGACAGCAGCUCCCACAGCAGCACCAGCAGCACCUCAGCUGCUCAGAAACAGCAGCAGCAGUGCCUGGGGAGCCCCUGCUACGCUUCUCGCCGAGCAAGCUGAACUGUGGGGCAGCAGCAGCAGAGCCAGCAGCAGCAGAGGCAGCAGCUGCUGCUGAAGUGGCAGCGGCAGCAGCAGCAACAGAAGAGGCGGGAGGACCAUGGAAGGAUUUACUGCCUGCUGCAGCAGCAGCAGCAGCAGCGGGACCUCGUGCGGGACUGAAGACUGCAGCUGAGAAGCCUCGCGCUAGAGCAGCAGCAACGGCAGCAAACCCACCAGCAGCAGCAAGCGCAGCAGCAGCAGCAGCGGCAGAAACUUCCGCUUGUGCUGCUGAAGCUGCAGCAGCGAAGGAACGGCCGCGCAAGAGGCGGAGGCAGCACUGUCCUAUUGGUGAAGCAGCAGAAGCGCAGCAGCAGCAGCAGCAGCAAGAUAUGCCACAGCAAACACCGCCACUAAGGGGAAGACAGCAGCAGCGGCAGCAGCAGCAGCAGCAAGAGACACAGCCAACGGGCUGUGGCACUAGAAAGCUGCUGGGUUCUCGUUCUGCUGCUGCAGCAGCAGAGGCACCGGCGCCGCUGGCAGCAGCAGCAGCAGAGUCUGUUGCUGCUGCUGCUGACAGGGCCGGUUGGCGCAGCAGAAGGAAAGCAGCAGCACAGCCCCGUCAAGCAGCAGCACGACUGUGCGCAGAUGGGUCCCACAGGCACUCUUCGAGGCGAUCUGCUGCUGCUGCUGCUGCUGCUGCUUGUCCGUCAGCCGCUGCAGCUGCUGCAGCUGCUGUAGCGUCUCCUGUCGCUGCUGCUGCUGGAGCUCCCGCCGCUGCUGCGGCUUCGUGUGCCCUGCGGCAGAGCGCAGCAGCAGCGCGCAGCACAGCGGGGCGGAAGGUGAGCCCGCAGCAGCAGCAGCAGCAGCAGCAGCAGCAAAGGCCCCUGCUGCUGCUGCUGCUGCCGGGAUGGGCAGCUUGUUCAGCAGCAGCUUCCUGGGGCUCUUCUCUUCCAGGGGGGGGACUUUAA